AUGACAGAGGAUAACCACUCCUUGACAACAGAGUUUAUCCUCACAGGAUUCACAGAUCACCCAGAGCUGAAGACUCUUCUGUUUCUGGUGUUCCUUACCAUCUAUCUGAUCACCAUGUUGGGGAAUCUUGGCCUGGUCGCAUUGAUAUUUAUGGAAAGUCGUCUUCACACACCAAUGUAUAUCUUUCUCGGUAACCUUGCUCUGAUGGAUUCCUGCUGUUCCUGUGCCAUUACUCCCAAGAUGUUAGAGAACUUCUUUUCCAAGAACAGAAUGAUUUCUCUCUAUGAAUGCAUGGCACAAUUUUACUUUCUCUGCCUUGCUGAAACUGCAGAUUGCUUUCUCCUGGCAUCAAUGGCCUAUGAUCGUUUUGUGGCUAUAUGUAACCCACUGCAGUACCACAUUAUGAUGUCAAAGAAACUCUGCAUUCAGAUGACCACAGGGGCCUACUUAGCUGGAAACCUGCACUCCAUAAUUCACAUAGGCCUUCUAUUUAGGUUAAGGUUCUGUGGGUCUCAUCAAAUCAAUCACUUUUUUUGUGAUGUUCUUCCAUUAUACAGACUCUCCUGUGUUGAUCUAAUCAAUGAAUUGAUGAUAUUUAUCUUUUCAGGAUCUGUUCAAACCUUCUCUAUUACUAUAGUAAUAAUUUCUUACCUUUUCAUCCUUUUCACAAUUUUCAAAAUGAAAUCCAAAGAGGGAAAAGGGAAAGCCUUAUCUACUUGUGCAUCUCACUUUCUCUCUGUCUCAAUAUUCUAUGGUUCACUUCUCUUCGUGUACAUUCGACCAAAUUCAGUUAAUGAAGAUGACAAAGAUAUACCCGUUGCUAUUUUUUAUACUCUAGUGAUUCCUUUAUUGAACCCUUUUAUUUAUAGCCUAAGGAAUAAGGAAGUGAUAAAUGUUAUGAAAAAAAUUAGGAAGAAGUUAUAAGAUUCUGAAACAAAUGUCAAGCCUUGUAGUCAA